AUGGCACCCCAGCCGCACGACGAAACUUGCAAGACGAGGAAGUUCGACCGUCGAGGUUGGCACUCAGGCAUCGAAGAGGAGCUUCUCCGCCUGCAGGACCCGCCCUCAGCCGAAGAUGUAGAACUUCUACUGGCGCGCGAGUUCCAGGACUGGCAGCGCCGGCCACGCCUUGCGACAGCGGCCUUGACACGCUUUUCCAAGGCCGGUCGUGGUCGUCUGGCCUGGCAGGUUCUUCUCGCGAUGCUGGCGCGCGGGGUGGAGACAAAUGUAUACCACUACGGAGCUGCGAUUCGCGCUUGUGAGACAUCUGGCGACUGGAUGCUUGCCACUCAUCUGCUUGAAGUCAUGGCAGCGGAGGGCGUGACAGCCAACGUCUUCACUUGCAGUUCCGCGAUGGGUGCCUGCGGCAGCCAGUGGCAAAUAGCUCUUGUGCUGCUGAACGACAUGAUCUCGUCUCAGGUCCUGCCGAACGUGGUGACCUGCAACCGUGCAAUCGCCACGUGUGCAAAAGGUGGCGCCUGGACUACAUCACUGGAGCUCUUGAGGAGGAUGGAGGAGGUGGACCUCACGCCCGAUGUGGUUUCCUUCAACUCCGUCAUCAAAGCCGGACAGGAGAGUGCCCACUGGCAGCUUCCUUUGCAGCUGAUGCGCAGGAUGCAGGAACGCAACGUGCCUCCGGAUGCGGGGACCUGCAACAGCGCCAUGAAUACUCUGCUUCAGCACGGAAAGUGGCAGCGCGCGCUGCUGGUUAUGGAUGCCAUGCCCCAGAUGCAGGUUGCAACAGAUGUCAUCACCAUGAACACCGCGAUGAUGGCGCUGGUGGCAGGUGAUGGCUGGGCCUCAGCACUCGAGCUGCUUGAGACAAUGUCAUCCAAAGGGCCGUCUCCCAGCAUCAUCAGUUACAACAUCGCCAUCCACGCCUGCGAGAACGCGGGCGAUGGUAGACUGGCCUUGGGCAUGUUGCGAAGCCUCAGCGGCGCCAAGCUUCGCCCCACGGCGGUGUCUUUCAACUCCGCGAUCAGCGCGCUGCAGAAGGGCUCUCAGUGGCAGCUGGCGCUUGACACCCUGUGGUCGAUGCCUGCACGAAAGGUCCGCGGGGAUGCAGUGAGCUUCAACACCGCCAUGGCUGCCUGCGUGACCGUUGGGCAGUGGCGACUCUGCUUGAACCUGCUGCAGCGAAUGCUGGACAUUGAGCUGCGAGCUGACCAGGUCAGCUACAGCACCGCGAUGAGUGCCUGCGGAGAGGUGGGCAAGUGGCAAGAUGUUCUGGAGUUGCUGCUUGCCAUGACGCAGGCCAAGCUAUCUCCCGACACACUGGCCUGCAACGCGGUGUUGUCUGCUGUGGCUCGCGAACGGCGCUGGGUGCGGGCCAAGAACAUCCUCAAUGUUUUGGAGAACUCUGGAGUUCGUGCAGACGUCGCCAGCUUCAAUGCGCUUGCCAGCGGAUGUACAAGCUGGCAAGACUCUCUGCUGCUCAUGGAGGAGAUGCACCAUCGCAUCCUGGUGCCCAACGGCAUCACCUUCACCACUGUGAUGUCGUGCCUGGAGCGCGCCGGUGUUUGGGAAGGUGCUUUGGCCAUCGUUGCCGUGAUGAGAGAGCACGGCGUCGACUGCGCAGAUGUCGAGGACCUGGCGGUUGCGACGCUGGCCGAGGCAGACCAGUGGGAACUCGCGUUGGCGCUGCAGCCGCAUCAUGGCCUGGGUUCUGGCACUGCAGCAUUGCUGAUGUCCUGCGAGCAGCAAGGCUUGGGUGAGGUUGCACGCCAGAUCCUGUCGGACAUUGCUGCAGCCCUCCCAGCAGAAGUGGCUGCGGCACUUCGAGGGCCGAGUGCUCCUCCUCAGCUGGUUCGACCGAACAUUGGGGUACUCUCUCGAGCGUCAGCAUCGCCGUAUCGCAAGGAGCUGUCCCUGAUGCGUCGUGCCAUCAUGGCGGAGCCCAGCCCCGAGGCCAUCUUGCAGGCCAUGGCAGACUUUGGCCAAGAGCUUGGCGAAGCUGGAGCGUGGGCGAAAUUCGCCGGCGGAAGCAAGGCGGAGACUUUGCUGGCAGCACUCGGCGGCGCCCCACCUGUCGGCUCGGAGGCGUUCGAGGUGUUGGAGAUAGGGACAUAUUGCGGCUUCUCUGCCGUCUCGGUUGCGGCCGCCAGCCCUGUGCAGGUUACCACGAUCGAGAUUGACCCAGUGCUCGUCGCAAUUUCGCGGGGCAUCAUUGCGCACGCGCAGCUGUCAGCCAGGGUGCAGGUGUGGACGGGACACUCGCGGCUCCUGCUGCCUCGCUUCAAAGAGCGCUCAGCAUUUCGCUGCUUUUCGAUUCUUGGCAUCUGGUAA